GCAUACCACUUUUCACUUCUAUUCUUGGUUGUUAAGGAAUCCAUUUCCACUAUUCAACUCUGUGUUAUGCAUUUUCAUGUUUCUAAUUAGUUCAGUGUUUCAUCAACUGAAAUACUCUUGAAAUUCUUGAUUAGAAAGAUAAAACAAAACACAAUGAAUCGUUCAAUUUCAAGUUCAAGUAAGAAAAAUAUUAGUUAUUAUAAUGAUCAAACCUUCCUAAACACUAUGUUUUCAUGGUCUCUUGAAGACAUUUCCAACGAUCAACUUUACUCAAAUAAGGUUGAUUAUAUUGAUUUAUCGUUUGAUUCUUUAGAGCAAUAUUAUCGGUCAUUUGUGUAUCCCUUAUUGGAUGAAACUAGAGCACAACUAAGUUCCUCUAUGGAAAUUUUAUCUAGUUCACCUUUUGCUGAAGUGAUUUCUCUUGAACAUUCACGAUCACAUUUGUAUGGUAGGAAUCACUAUGUUGUUAAAACUGAUAGUUGGAAAAAUUGGUCUUCUGGUCAUGGAAAUGAGCUGUGCAAAACAUUGUCUGGAGAUGUUUUUAUUUUGGCCGAUUUUAAGCCGGAAACUGUUAAUGAUUUGCAAAGGUCUGGAAGGAUGUGGAGUUUUGUGUUGUCGGCUGGGAUUCUUGACGAAGAGAUUAAGGACGAUGAUGAUGAUGCUAAACCUAUGUCUACUUUUAAAGUGAUUGCUUCUAAAGACUUUGACCUUGAUGAAAUGGGGCAAAAGUCUUUGUUUAUUAUAUUCCUGACAAAUAUAACAACUAAUAGAAGAAUAUGGAAUGCACUGCAUAUGAAUGGAGAUUCAAAGCUGAUCCAGAAGAUUUUGCGUGCGAGUGAUGCGGUUGAGGAAAGUUGUGAUUACUGUUUUCCGGAGACUAAUGCUCUUAGGGGUGAUGAAACAUAUCAAAGGUUGUCAUGUGAGUUGAAUGAGUCACAAAACAAGGCAAUUUGUUGUUCCCUUUCUUCCUUUCAUUGCAAUCAUAAGUCUACGGUGGAUCUUAUUUGGGGUCCACCAGGAGCCGGGAAAACAAAAACUCUGGCCACACUGCUUUUUGCUCUAUUAAAAAUGAACCGUAGAGCUCUUGUUUGUGCUCCAACAAAUGUUGCCGUUAAGGAAGUGGCGUUGCGUGUUUUGACCAUGGUGAGAGAAUCAUUUGAUAGAAAUGUGGAUGGUUUGUUCUGUAAUUUAGGAGACAUAAUACUAGUUGGUUCAGAAAUUGAAGAUAUAUGUUUGGACUAUCGGGUCAAACAACUUGUACAGUGUUUUUCUCCACUUAAUGGUUGGAAACAUUGUUUUGUUUCAAUGGUUCAUCUUCUUGAGAAUUGUGUUUCCCAUUAUCAUAUAUUUAUUGACAACCAAAAGAGACCGGAAAAAGAUCAAGUUGAUAAUGAUAAUUCUAACAGGGAAAGCAUGCCAAAAUCUUUUCUUGAUUUUGUAAGAGAAAGGUUUCUCUCUAUAGCGCCGCCUCUCAAACACUCUAUUUCUGUCUUAUGUACGCAUAUAGCCAGAAGUUGUAUUAUGGAACAUAAUUUGAAAGAUUUGACUCGUCUUGUUUACUAUCUCGAUUCAUUUCAAACUUUAUUAAUGGGAGAGCUUUUCUCUCCAGAAAGUCAACAUAAUUCUUUUGAGUCGAUUGUAGAUGCUGAAUUCUCAUUGCAGCUUAUCAGAACUGAAUGUCUGUCUCUAUUAAGAGCUCUUAAGGUUUCACUUGAAAACCUCAACCUACCAAAUGUUGUGACUGAAGAGUCAAUGAGAGGGUUCUGUUUACAAGCAUCUUCAUUAAUAUUUUCCACAGCUUCGAGUUCAUUUAAGCUGCAGCGUUCUCUUGCCAUGGAACCACUUGACAUUUUAGUGAUUGAUGAUGCUGCACAGUUGAAGGAAUGCGAAUCAAUCAUACCUCUACUACUUUCAGACAUAAAUCAUGCAGUUCUUGUUGGAGAUGAACGCCAGCUACCAGCAAUGGUUGAAAGUAGUGUUUCUUUUAAAGUUGGUUUUGGAAGAAGCUUAUUUGCGAGGCUGAGCACAUUGGGUCAUCCAAAUCACUUUCUCAAUAUACAGUACAGGAUGCAUCCAGCGAUAAGCUCCUUUCCAAAUUCGCGCUUCUAUUUGAAUCAAAUUCUUGACGCUCCAAAGGUUGUUGCAAAGAACUACAGGAAGCAAUAUCUCCCAGGGAAAAUGUUUGGUCCUUAUUCCUUUAUAAAUAUAAUUGGUGGCACCGAAGAAUUUGAUGAUGCUGGAAGAAGUCGGAAAAAUAUGGUUGAAGUGGCGGUUGUAAUGAAAAUAAUCAAUAAUUGUUUCAGAGCAUGGUUUGCCUCAAAGGAGCACCUCAGUAUAGGUGUAGUGUCUCCAUAUGCUGCCCAAGUUGUUGCAAUUCAGAAUAUGCUGGGACAAAAGUAUGAUAAGCAUGAAGGUUUCAAUGUGAAGGUGAAAACAAUUGAUGGUUUUCAUGAUGUACCGCAAGACAUUAUUAUCUUAUCAACAGUUAUAACUGAUUGCAGUACUUCCCUUGGGUUCAUUUCCAAUAACCAUAUGACUAAUGUUGCUCUUACCCGAGCCAGGCAUUGUCUAUGGAUAUUGGGAAAUGAAAAGAUCCUAGUUAGUCAGGAAAAUGUAUGGAAAUCUUUGGUGAUUGAUGCUAAAAAACGUCGAUGUUUCUUUAAUGCGGAUGAAAAUAAAGAUUUAGCAAAAGUUAUCUGGAAUACCAAGAGAGAGCUGGAUCAACUUAAUUCUCACAGUGUGGCUUUUAGAAAGUGGAAGGCUCUUUUCAGUGAUAAUUUUCUUAAGUCAUUUAAAAAUCUUCCAUCAAAGAGGACAAAGAAGUUGGUCAUUAGCCUCUUACUCGAACUCUCCAGAGGGGGGAGACCCAAAAGGAUAAAAGUGGACUUGCUUUGUGGAAAUUCAUCCCAGAUGUUAGAGCAAUAUGAAGUUGAAGGUCUCUUUGUUGUUUGUUCAAAAGACAUAGUAAAAGAGUCCAAUUUCACUCAAGUUUUAAGGAUAUGGGAUAUACUGCCGCGAGAGGAUGUUCCUAAAGUUGUGAAGCGUCUGGAUAGUAUUUUUGGAAGCUAUACUGAUGAUUUUAUAAGUUGCUGCAGUGAGCAACGUUUUGAGGGGAAAAGGGAGGUCCCAGUGUGUUGGGGAAAAUCAACAGAUAUCUCCAAAAUUAAGAAUCUUGAUAAUAAUGGCAAUGACGCAGAAUCAAGUUGUUGCGACCAAAGAAUUUGUGUUGAGAAUUCAAAGGCUGAGGAGAGUUUUCUGCUGAUGAAAUUCUAUUCUUUAUCAUCUGUUGUAGCUAACCACUUACUUUCUGAUCGUAAUAGUAAUGAACUGGAACUUCCGUUUGAGGUAUCAGAUGAAGAACACGACAUAAUACUCUUUUCCAAAAGUACAUUUGUACUUGGUCGCUCUGGUACUGGGAAAACCACUGUCUUGACCAUGAAAUUAUUUAAAAAGGAGGAAUUGCACCACGCGGUUCAUCAAAAUGCGUAUGGAAUUAAGAGGGCUGAAGUUCCUUGUUUGAAUUACGUUGAAGAGGAUAAAGACAGCAGGCCUGUCUUACACCAAUUAUUUGUAACAGUGAGUCCUAAACUAUGUCAUGCAGUGAAACACCAGGUUGUUAGAAUGAGAAGUUCCAUAUGUGGCGGGGAUGUUUCUGACAAAAGAUGCUCUAUUGAGGAAGAUUUAGCUGAUGUUGAUACAUCAAUACAGUUUAAGAAUAUUCCAGAUUCUUUUGUUAAUCUUCCCACCAACUCAUAUCCACUAGUGAUAACUUUUCAGAAAUUUCUAAUGAUGCUUGAUGGGACUGUGGGGAAUUCUUUUUUUGAAAGAUUUAGUGAUCUAUCUUCUGAGAACUUUGCAGCAAGAUCGGUUGCUUUGGAGACUUUUAUAAGGAAAAAGGAAGUGACUUAUGACAGGUUUGAUGCAUUAUAUUGGCCGCAUUUCAAUUCCCAACACACCAAGAAGUUAGAUUCAUCCAUAGUGUUUACUGAAAUCAUGUCUCAUAUAAAAGGGGGUCUACAAUCUGUUGAUUCUGCUGAAGGGAAGUUAAGUCGUCAGGAUUAUCGGUCCUUGUCUGAAAACCGAGCGUCAAGUUUAAACAAGCAGAAGAGAGACAUCAUUUAUGAUAUUUAUCAAAGUUAUGAAAGAAUGAAGAUCGAUAAAGGGGAUUUUGAUUUGGCUGAUAUUGUUGUUGACUUGCAUCGCCGACUCAGAAUUAACAAAUAUGAGGGUGAUGAAAUGCACUUUGUAUAUAUUGAUGAAGUACAAGAUCUGACCAUGAGUCAAAUUGCUUUAUUUAAGCAUGUGUGUCGAAAUGUAGAUGAAGGUUUCGUUUUUUGCGGGGAUACUGCACAAACCAUAGCGAGGGGAAUCGAUUUUAGGUUCCAGGAUAUCAAAUCUCUCUUUUACAAGAAGUUCGUGCUUGAAUCAAAGAGAAGGGCUUAUAACCAAGGAAAGGAUAAAGUAGAAACAUUUUUGUUGAAUCAGAACUUUAGGACUCACGCUGGAGUGCUUAAGUUAUCUCAGAGCACCAUUGAGCUUCUCUUCCGUUUUUUUCCUCAUUCUAUUGAUGUUUUAAAGCCCGAAAGCAGUUUGAUUUCUGGGGAAGCUCCCAUUGUUCUUGAAUGUGGAAGCAGAAAAAAUGCUAUUGUAACAAUAUUUGGCAACACUGGACAUGAUGGUGGGAAAAAUGUCGGCUUUGGAGCUGAGCAAGUAAUAUUGGUACGUGAUGAUUGUGCUCGGAAAGAAAUUUCAGACUAUGUUGGGAAACAAGCUCUUGUUUUAACUAUUUUGGAGUGCAAAGGGCUUGAGUUUCAGGAUGUAUUGUUGUACAACUUUUUUGGCACCUCACCUUUGAAAAAUCGAUGGAGAGUGAUUUAUGAGUAUAUGAACGAACAAGAUAUGUUGGAACCUACAGAAUUCAAGUCUUUUCCAAGUUUCAGUGAUUCUAAACACAAUAUUUUGUGUUCUGAACUGAAACAACUAUAUGUGGCUUUAACUAGAACAACACAGAGAUUGUGGAUAUGCGAGAAUUCAAACGAAUAUUGUAAACCUAUGUUUGAUUAUUGGAAAAGGAAGUGUCUUGUACAAUUCAAAGGACUGGAUGAUUCUCUUGCUCAGGCAAUGAAAGUUGCAAGUAGUCCAGAAGAAUGGAAGUCACGUGGCAAAAAGUUAUAUUACCAAAAUAACUAUGAGAUGGCAACAAUGUGUUUUGAAAGAGCGGGGGACUCUUAUUGGGAAAAAAAGUCUAAGGCGGCUGGUCUCAGGGCAACUGCAAACCGUUUACAUGGCUUGAACCCCAAGGAUGCAAAUGCAGUCCUUAGGGAAGCUGCUGAAAUUUUUGAAAGCAUAGGAAUGACCGAGUCUGCAGCACAGUGUUUUUCUGAUUUGGGGGAUUAUGAAAGAGCUGGAAAAAUUUACUUUGAAAAAUGUGAAGAGCCCGAUUUGAAAAGGGCAGGGGAUUGCUUUUAUUUAGCUCGUCGUUAUGAAAUGGCAGCUCAGGUGUAUGCUAGGGGAAAUUUCUUCUCCGACUGUUUAAAUGUUUGUGCAAAAGGUGGAUUGUUUGAUAUUGGCUUGCAUUACGUUCAACACUGGAAACAAAAUGAAAGUGUUGACCCUAGUUGUUGGGCUAAUAGGCAUGAUCUGUAUGCAAUUGAACAAAAGUUUCUGGAGGAUUGUGCCCGUAAUUAUUUUGACAAAAAAGAUAUCAAAUCCAUGAUGAAAUUUUUUAAAGCUUUUCAUUCAACGGAUUUUAAGUGUAUAAUGGGAAAUAUUCUUCGUGAGGCUGAUUUGUUAGGAAAAACAGGUGAAUUCAUGGAAGCAUACGAGCUUGUGCUUUUUUAUGUACUUUCAAAUUCUCUUAGGUCUAGGAGACGCAAAGCAUGGCCCUUGAAGCCGUUUACACAGAAAGCCGAGCUUUUGGGAAGAGCGUUGACAUUUGCAAAGAAAGUAUCAGGAAGUUUUUAUGAGCUUGCAUCUACAGAAGCUGAAAUACUAUCAAAUAAGCAUGACAACAGUUUUGAAAUAAUGAAUCAGUUGAAAUCUUCUCGCAUCCAUAAGAGUAUCAGAGGGGAAAUGUUAUGUUUGCGGAAACUGCUGGAUUCACAUUUUCGGCUGAACUCCUCUAAGUAUGUCUGGCACGACAAUCUAUUUGAUGUUUCUGUCGAAGGUAUGAUUACAAAGAAUCAAUUUUCUGUGGAGACGCUGUUUUAUUGUUGGACAUGUUGGAAGGAUAACAUUGUACAAAUGUUGGAUUUCCUUUCAAAUUUCAAAAAUCAAGAGCCUCGUCAAGAUAGCAAUUAUGUAAAGUUUGCAUUGAAUUAUUUGGGUGUUCAGAAGCAGAUUUUUAAUCUACAAGACAUGUACCUUUUUCUCAUCCCUGAUGCUAACUGGGUGAAAAAAUUGGGUGAUGAUUUUCUAAAGAAGAAUGGUAGGCUAGUCUCUGUUGAUGUUCAACAUUUAGUCUCUUAUGCUCAGAGCUAUUGGAGUUCAGAAUUAUUAUCUGUUGGCUUGGAUGUUUUGCGCAACCUUGAUGCACUCUACAAGUUUUCAGAUAACAAAGCCUUUUCUGAAUUUUGUCAAAUACAAUCUUUGCUGCAUAUCUAUGAGGUCUCAAAGUUUCUUCUCAAGUCCAAUUGUUUUAGCCAUGGCCACGGGAACUUGAAGACGUUGGAGACAUUUUACAGGCAGCCAAUUGAGUGUUUAUUCCGCCAUGCAGUUCUCCUUGACUGGAAGAAAUCAUUGGAAAAAGAAAUGGUUUAUCAAAGAAUAACCGAAGAUUGGCAGGAUGUUAUGAAAGAGCUCAUCUAUGAAAACACCCAACAAAAAGGUAUGUUGACCUAUGGUCUAAUUGGAAGGGUGGUAGUUAUGAUGCUUGGCACAGCUAAUGUAAAAGAUGAAUUGUUUGUGCAAGUUAUGAACAAGUUUGAAGCAAACAAACCAUGGAAAGAUUUCAUUGAGAGCUUACGUUUGUAUUCAGGAAAUGAAAUUGUAUCGGGCAAUAAAGUGAUUUUAGAGAUGUGUCGCAUGGUUAAGCUUUAUGAAGCAUUGUUGAAUACUUGCAGUGGGAAUUGGAUAGCGGAAAUUGACUAUAUGACUCCCGGUUGCUUCAUGUAUUUUGUUGAACGGUUACUGCUAUUUACAUCCUGCUUCAAGGGGUCCAUUUAUGCUACAAAGUCAUCUUUCACUGAAUGGCUAAUUUGCCAAAAUGAAAAUUCCCUUACAAAUUUGAGUUUUAUGGUUGGGAAAGGGCAAGACAUGAGAGAUGUCCAUGAUUUCGUUGCGAAUAUCCUCAAUGAGUUUGUUUGUGACCAGCAUAGUACCCAAACCUGGAUUAAAAAAUCAAACUUGGAUGUGAAGAAUUAUUUUCCUUCUCUUCUUCUGAGAUUGGUUGUUUCUAUUUGUUUGCUUCAUCUCAUCUCAGGGAAUGGAAAGUAUUUACAGUUACUUCGGAGUUUGUUGGGGAAGAAAUACAUAAGCACUCAAUUGCCAUUGGAAUUCUGCAAUGUUCUUCUAAAGGGAAAGAAAAAACACAUGAAUUUGAAAGUCUUUGCAGAGGCAUUUAAAGUAAUUGGCAACCCCUUGAUAAUUGCCAAGUUUAGGAAGACUUCUUCUCAAGUUGCUUGUUCAGAUGCUGUGUUUGUGGAUUUAACGACAUGCCGAAAAAGAGAGGUCAUACUAGAAACAUUGUUUCCUAGUAUAGUUGACAAUGUGGAUGGGGAAACCACAGCAGUAACAGAUGAAGCCUCUACUUCUGUUUCAGAUCAGACAUUGGAUGGACAGACCAAUGUUGACUCUCCAUUACAUGCCAGCACUGCAGUAGGCAAUGAUGACCAACAUGGGCAAAAUGUUUUGAAGGAUUCAAAAGAGAAUGUGUCCAAUAAUUCUCAAAGUGCACCAAAUUCAGAAUUUGGAAUGACCAAGAGGAAGAAAAACAAAUCCAAGAAAAGUAAGGGAGGAAAAAAAGGGGGUAAGUAGUGAAAAACAAAUCCAAGAAAUGUAAUUGCAUUUAAAUUAAUUUUUAUAAGAAAUAAAAAAUUGUAUAAGAUGUGUGAGAUUAUAUGAAUAUUGAUGGUAGAUUUGAUAAA